CUCUCGACGUCCGCCCCGGGCUCAUUGACUAGCUCUUUACUGUACUUCCCAUCAUCUACGCAUAUAUUGCUCGACAGUCUUGUUACUCCAAGUAUCGACUUGGAGACAGCCAUUCAACGACCCUUUGACCGACCCCUUGAACAUCCACCCUUGCCAAGCCGCCUGCGCAUGGAAUGCCAGAACUGUGAGCUGAAGCAACGCCAGUUUUACUGCGAGAAUUGUCUGAAGCAACACCUAUUUUCCCUUCGGUCUCAAACCAAGCAUGCUGCUACUGACCGCGACAACCACAUCGCAUCCGCCCAGAAGGCACUUGAAUUUGAAGGGAGAGAGGAGCGGGUGCAGGAGAUAUGGUCUGCAGUCGACGAGGCUAGGAAAGCGAACGAGAAAAAUCGCGAUCGUCUGAGGACUCUCCGCGCAUCCCUGUCCACGAGGCGGAGGACACUGGCCAUCGCCUCCUCAACGUUCCACAACUCGACGGGUGCUUACUACCCCGCGAGCUCGCCCAAUUCUACAUCAGCCUCGCCACCCUACGGGCACUCGCCAACGCCUCCGGGCUCGUUUCCUCACGCUCCGUCUCCUUUGACCUCGUCUCCGCAGGCUAUUCGCCCCACCGCACACCGACGCGGCUCAUCCUCGUAUUCAGCAUCCCCGCUGCUGUCCACCCCACCGACCGCCGUGUCCAUCUCGCGUGUUCCUGCAGCGCAGCGGGUCACGUCGUCACCCCAGGCUGGCAGAGGCGUGCUGCCAUCCCCGCUGACUGCCUCGGCGCCAUAUGCGCGUGGGCCGCACGAGCGCGGUGCGGACAUGUUUGCGCGCCAGAUCGACGAAGCGGGCCAUCAGCUGGCGGCGCUUGGGGAUACGGUUGCGCGUGCGAGAGCGGGACUUGUGCAGGAGCUUGUAGAGGUGUUUAGUGUUGUCGAGGUCGGUGGACGCCCGCCUAUUGGGGGCAAGGCCGGGACGAAGGGCGAGUGGACUAUUGGCGGCCUGGUGCUACCUGUGCCGGGAGACAUGAGACGCUAUCCCCCAGAUCACAUAAACGCGGUGAUCACGCACACCCUGCCCUUCGAGAUUGUAUGGAGUCAGUCUGGCGCGCCUCCUACGUCGGGUUCGAGUAUGGGUAUAGGCUUGCUCGGUGUGGGCGGGCCAUGGAUCGGGGCGAUUAAGGGUGGGGAGAGCGGGGGUUGGGCAAGAUGGUCAACGAAACACCCACUGCACGUCUCGGCGUCUUCCCCACCGUCCGCCUCCGGGCCCUCACCCUCCUCUUCUGCUUCCCCGUCUCGCCCUACUUCACACACACGUCGUGCGAGCACGACUGUCUCUGCAUCUUCCGGCGGCAUGUCAGGGCGCGCACGCUCCGGCUCGCUCUCUGCGUCAAUGGCGGACUCCCAGAUCGAAGCCGACGUUGCGGAGCCGGCGGCGCCUGGCGGCGCGUUCACGACUGCGUUGGCAAUGUUGGUAUACGAUGUGUGCUACCUAGCGCAUACGCAGGCAGUGGAGGUCCCGCUCGCGCAGGCGGGAGAGGUCCUGAGCAACCUAUGGGCGGUGUGCUGCAGUCCAGAGCUCGGAAGGAAGUCGCACGCGACGCAUCCUCUGCUCCCGCCACCGACCCCGCCGAGCUUCCCGCUUGACUUUGCGCAGCUCCUGCAGGCGACCGCGGCGAACCCGACGCGGGCGAAGGCGCGUGGCACGGGCGGGCGUGAGCGCCGGACGGAGAGGAUCGUCGAGGAGGAUGAGGACGGAUGGGACUUCGUGGAGGUUGCUGGUAUGGACUAGUAGUAUCUUAUAGUCGUGGCGGCUGCGCCGAACAGGACUGGAUUUGUAUGUAGCAUAUAGUGUCCCGGUUGCUGUAUCGUGUAGACUUGUAGAGAUGUGUUGGUUACAUAAUGGCUCCGGACCUUGUAGUUGCAGGUCAUCGCACGCGCGCUCUGCGACCGUCAAACAUCAGGAGUCGCAUAUAAUAGGCAACCUGCUUCGAGUGUAGUCGAUCCGUGGGUAAGGUGAUAAUUAAUUAUAUGUAGAUCGUC